UCAUGAAGAUACCUUACUGCACACUCUGAAUUUUUCGUCGCUUAACGAAUCAUUUAAACUUUUGUUUUAUAUUUAAAGUCUCUAAAACGGUCAAUUAUAGCUCAAGUAGGCGAUUUGAGCUUCUGGAAAAGUUGGACUCAUGCUCAUACACGCGCUGACUGAGGUGUCUUGUUGCUCGGAGAAUGAUAAUUAACCGCUCGCAUGUCAGUCCUUCUGAAACGCAUUGAAGACAGCGCUGACAGUAAAAGGUGCAUUUAAAACAACUGAUAACUUCUCUAUCAUGUGGAUAUAGAGCUCGGACCUUCCCAUUUUGGAGAUGAUACUGUUGACUAUUUGAACUAGGCCAUGUGAAGCGAGCGUUGUUGUGGAGCACGAAAAUGUUGGUCAUUUCUGCGUGAGAUUCGAGGACUGUGGAAUCAAUGUGGUGUUCGCCGGAAAUACGUGUGGCCCGAAACUCACCUAAACGAGUUUGGACAUGGACUUUAUUACCACCUGUUGGUGAAAUCUCCAAACUGCAAAUGCAGGAACUGUGUUUGGACGUUGCACUGAGAUAAGACCUGCUUUUGAAACAUCUUUGCGCAAUGACCUAUUUCUCAGUUGACACGUCUUGGGAGUGAUGCACUGGCUUCCCCUGGUUGCCAUGGUGAUCGCCUCGGCCCUGCCUUUCCCUCAAAGUCCUGUGCCCAGGCUUGUUGCCGCGACGAUAGAGCCUGGCAGAAACAAUAGCAACAGCAGCAUGCCGGUCAACUCAUCAAUGUACAACAACUCCCAUGAUGCUACUUCUCACAACAACAGCAGCAAUUUGAACUACAGCAGACAUGACAAAGCUCCUCAUAGAACAUUUGAUAAACAUGAACAGAGUGAAGUAAUAAACAGCACAUUUACAUAUGAGGAGAACCAUUUAUCCAACAGGAGAGCAAACCAAGAAAACCUUUUAACAGAACACAUUUUUUUCAAUACCACAAAAAAACAGGACCACACCGGGGGAGGUAGGACUACCAGAGUAGAUGCCUCCAGGUCAUAUGAACACAGGGAAUAUGAAUUGCAAAAAAAAUUGGCAGAAAAAGCCAGUCCAGAUGAUUUCCUGAGCAACAACAUUCUCAAAGACUAUAAACUUAGCCAUGAAGAAAGCAGUAUUGGAACAGAGAACUCUCUUAAAGAUGACAGGAACACAGGAAGUAAGCUGAAAGAUGAGGUUCUUGAUGGUUCUAAGAAGACAAACAUCUCUCUGGAGAUGUUUCCAAUCCAGGAAGAUUCACAAUCGGAUGGUAGCAGCAAUGGAGGAACACUGGGGGAGCAAGAUGGAGGUAGUGCUGAGGUGGUGGCAAUGAACACACUAGAGGAAGUGCUGGGAGCCAAACUUGGCAUAGGGUUAGAUGACGUAGGCCUAUGGGAAGAAGAUCAGAUGCUUUUACUGGACGCCCAUCCCCGGGUUCUCUUCUCCCCUGCCCUUUCCCCACCCAAACACCCACCUUUGCUCUUAAUGCUGGAGUUAGGCUUGCUGGCUGAUGAUUUAGAGGAAAACCACUUUAUGGACUUAACCCCAUCCAGAGAGGGAGGUGACCGAGAGUCAUACAGAAACUUACUGUUGGGUCUCUCUGGCUCUGAUGGCCCCUCUUUAUCAUUCACAUCCUCCCACAACCCAAACACACUAGUCCGCCACAAGCGGUAUAUCGGCCACAGCACACAAGGCCGUGAACGCUCAGUAUGUGAGGCCGAAAACAAGUGGGUGACGGAUAAGAAGACUGCAAUAGACCAGAUGAGCAAAACAGUCACAGUGCUGCCAGAGAUACAGACCCAGAAGGGCCCAAUAAAGCAGUACUUUUUUGAAACAAGGUGCCGCAAGCCAUCUCAGCUGGGUACAGGAGAAGUACAUGGGGUGGAGGGGGCCGAAUGCAUUGGAGUGGAUAAUAGACACUGGAUGAGCAAGUGUGAAACCAAGCAGUCGUAUGUGCGUGCGCUUACCUCUGAUGAGAAUAAGAGAGUAGGCUGGAGGUGGAUCCGUAUUGACUCGUCCUGUGUAUGUGUGCUGCUCACUAGAGGAACAUACAACAAAGAGAGGGGAAGGGAGCAGGAAGGGAGAAGGUACAGAUAAUUUGGACUGUCUGUCUCUUUUCAUCCAGCACAUACGUUCCUCACAGUCUGCCCACAGUCUGUGAGGGGGAUUUCUUUUCCAGAUGUCCCUGCAUAUCACUCAAAAUCUCAUCACUGUACCCCAGUGUCCCGCUGAGGGAUAGUUCACACAACAAAUUUAAAUUCUGUCAUGUUUACUAGCCCUUAUGUUGCUUGAAUGCCAAUUAAUUCAUUUCUUCAGUGGUUCACAAAAAGAGAUGUUUAGGAAGAUGGGAGGUGGAAUGGUGAUCCAUUCUCUGAAGCUCUAAAAAGGACAAAACAAUACCAUAAAAUUAGGCCAAACUCGUGUGCUAUAUUCCAAAUCUUUUAAAGCCAUAUGCUAAUUUAGGUUGUAAUUCACGUAACAUUUUGCCUUGCCUCUUUAGCUCUCAACAUAGCUCAUUUUAAGUCCAAAAGAAAAAUAAAUCAUAUGGGUUUGAAGUGACUAAAGGAGCCUGAUCUCAUGAAAAUAAUGAUUGUGGUGACAUUUUUACAACAUUAUAUUACGUGUUUUAUUACAUUUAUAACCAAAUAGGUAUAGCUGCAGCACAGAGACUUCCAAAUAGGGGUGGGAUCUCCAAAGAGGGCGGAGUUACUCUAUAUGCGGGUGAGGUUAAUCCAAAAAGGUAUAGUGCCAACUCCAAAAGGGGGCAUCUCUUCCAGUCACGGUUAGGUUUAGGGAAAGGGUUAGGUUAGGGUCUCCCUAACCUCCCGGUUUGAAGCUCCCGCCCCUUUUUGGAGCUCUAUCUGCAGUUAUUUCUUUCUCUGUAUAACGGCAGUUCCGAAGUGAAAUGCCAACUGGUGGCACUAAAAAAGAGCAAAGGUUAAUACUCUAUCGGUUGUUACCCUCAACCUUAAACCUAAAACUAACUGAUAAAAAGCAAAUGAUACAUGAAAAAUGCAACCGCUAAAUCAACCACAUGAUUUUGUGGUGCUUCUACUACAUUGUUGACUCGCAUGCUCUUCAAGUGUAACAGGUGAGCUACCACCAAGCUUGUAAAUGUACUGUAGUUGGUUAUGUAAUGCAAAUGUUAAAAUGAAUUCAUGUCAUGCACUCAAGUGUUUUCAUUUCAUAAGAUAGCAUUGUGUAAGGAACAUUUUUCUCUGGAUUUGUGUGAGAGAGACUAAAAGUAAUUGUUUUAGUGCCCUAAGUGUUCAUUACACAAUAAGCCAUGUAAAAGUAAUUCUGCUAGAAUGUUGGUAUAAUAACAUGAGACCAGGUAACAUUUUUGUGUGAACUAUACCUUUAAAAUGACAUUUUCCACUCUGCUGUCAUCCAUCAGGUCUACUGUAUCCCUCCUUAUGCCUGUUUGUUAACUAUAUACUCACCCAAACAAGAAAACCUCAACGAUUUUGGUCAUAUUGAUUUUUUGUCUCAACAUUCUUUUCUGAUACUAUUUAACAGUACAUUUGUUUUAUUGUAUCUAUAGUAUACAAACAAUAAUGUAUUACUUUUUAAGUAGUAUGUAAGCAUAAGUACUUAAUAUAUUAAUAUAUUUCUUUAUAAAUGUACAAUAUGUGAAACAUAUACAUCAAUGCAAUUAUGCAUACCUGUAUAUGUGUAUUUAUUACAACAAAAGGUUAAGGACUCGUUAUUGGCCAGCAUAAUUUUUUUAAUUGACAUGAAGGGUUUCUCAGGAUGUGACCUUCAAUUGCCUGCCACAAAACAUGUGCCUCAUGGAUUUCAGAAUCGUUGCAUCUUGGAAUUAUUGUUCACACAUGUACCAUUCACACUGACAACUGACAUUACAGAAAUAUACAAAAUGGUUGUUGGAUGAAAAUAACUUUUGUCAGAAGACCUGUUUACUGGAUUAAGAAAAGCAUGGAGUUCAGCUGUACGUGGGUUUGAUGACAUUUUUCACAUUGAGUCCUUGUAAUAAAGUAUUACUUGUUAUCUUUGGUAGAUACAUUUGUAUAUGAAAAUAAUUUUUUUAUAGU